AGGCCCUGCAACGCCAGAGCUUGUGCGCAAUCACCAUCGCCAUCUCCUUCUUCUUCUUCCCUCUCUCUCCCUCUCUGAACACCUUCGCCGCUGCUGUCGCCCUCCCGCAUUGAUUUGGGAAGCUGUGGUCGAUUACGACAAGGAUUGGGGAAGCUGUUGUCCUAGGAGGAUAGUGCUCGUUUGUGUAAUUGAAGGAGUGACACGCCUGGCUGGCACUGAAUGGCGGCUCUGUAUUACUGAGCUUUGUGUCUUCGAAUGUCGCUAACACUCGGAUCUGUCGUGCGCAACGCAUCCCGCAUUCUCGGCAGUAGGGUCUCUGCGAGCUCAUACACAUUCCUCUGCCGACGCGGCUCCACUAUCGUAACUCGCGCUGCGUCGGAGGGGAAUCAGGUCGACAAUAUGGCUACUCCUCAAGAAAUGAGCAGCAACAAGGUGUUUGGUGGUUUCAAUCGCCGUUACAAGCAUGAAAGUAGCUCCGUCGGAUGUCCUAUGACGUUCACCAUCUUCUUCCCACCUGCGGCAGAUUCGAGCAAAGUACCGGUUUUGUACUGGCUAUCAGGGUUGACGUGCAACGACGAAAACUUCAUCCAAAAAUCUGGUGCACAACGAGCAGCAGCUGCUCACGGCCUCGCGCUAGUUGCUAUGGAUACCUCCCCACGAGGGCUGAAUGUGGAAGGGGAGUCGGAUAGCUGGGAUUUCGGCACAGGAGCCAGUUUCUACCUAAAUGCCACUCAGGAGAAGUGGAAAAACUGGCGCAUGUACGACUAUGUCACAAAGGAGCUCCCCUCUCUUCUGAGCUCUCACUUCCCCCAGCUGGACACUUCUAAUGCCUCCCUUUUCGGUCACUCCAUGGGCGGCCAUGGCGCCCUCACCCUCUUUUUGAAGAAUCCUAGCAAAUACAAGUCUGUGUCGGCAUUUGCUCCUAUCUGCAACCCAACUGCGUGUCCUUGGGGAGUGAAAGCUUUCAAUGGAUACUUGGGAGCGGAGAAGUCAGCAUGGGAGGAAUAUGACGCUACUUUGCUCGUAACGAAAUACAACGGCCCUAAAACAACCAUCCUUAUUGACCAGGGUGACGCAGAUAAGUUCUACAAAGAGAAUCAGCUCCUGCCAGAGAAUUUCGAACAAGCUUGCAAGAGUGCGGGGAUGCCCAUCGACAUGCGCAUACAACCAGGCUACGACCACUCGUAUUUCUUUAUUGCAUCUUUUGUUGAAGACCACAUCCAACAUCAUGCUAAAGCGCUUUCCGUGUAGUAGCCAGACCUUGAGUCAUGUGCAUCGGUAGCUCUGAACCGAUUUGUGUAGUAUCUUUCUGAAAAGUGCACCUUCCUGUACGGAUGUAUAUGGUAGCUUAGCCUCUGGAGGUUGAGGUUCUGCAAGAACAGUUGCUUGAUAAUGACGAGAGUCGCAUUUCGAGCCGUCCUUCACUUGGUUGAAAGUUUCA